AUGGGCUCUGCAGCCUCAAGACAAGACUCUUCGGCGCCUUCGGGCCACGCGCGCCAGUAUCGAAGAUCCGUAUUUCACCAACUGCCGUCGAGACUCUCGUUUCACCAUGCCGCCCCUUCGUCCCAACAUACCUUACCCACGUCCUCGACCCCCCGAUCCCUAUCACGAUUGCUCCGGCGUCCUCGACGGCCAGCGUCGCCCGCUCGACCGGACAUGACGGACAUUCGACGACACCACCGCUUUUCACUCGCCGGCACGGCUAUCUCAUCCGGGAUUUCUGGUGCCUGGAGUCGAGUUGCACCACAUAGAACACGCCGAACUAGCCUGAGCAACCGGUCUGCGACGCACGAUGCUAGGCCGUCGGAAGAGUACCUCGACAUUGAGAUGCCGGACGUGGCAUUCGACUUCGACGAGCUUUCAGGAACUAUGGACACCGCUUCCCCGACCGUUUCACGGAAUAGCUCAGAUAUGAGUCCGAACCUAGCCAGUUCGUUGCGGAGAAGGGGGCCGCCAAUCGUGCGAGGCGAAGAUCAAAUCGCGAUUCUUUCAAGACUAUUGUCUGCAGCCGCGGCAAUGACGGCGGAAACACUACUGGGCAGAGAUCAUAGAACCGUCACGUCCGAUCGAGAUGCGUCGGCUGCGGGCGAAGAGGGGUCCUUUGAUAACUUCCUCCAAUCACUUCGGAGUGGUCAAAUCGCGUCCGCUCUCCGACAGAGUGCGAAUGAAACGGAUGGUGAAAGUGAGGGAAGCAAUCCCGAACAACGCCCGCUGAACUUCUUUCGAAUGUUCCGCUUUGGGUCAGCUGGGCGCCAGGGCAACGAUAACGCUGAAGGGAGCCCGGAAGGACGAAUGAUACCCAUCAUCAUCGUUGGGAUUCGGUCUAUAUCUGGCGGAAAUGACGAGCCGAACAUAAAUCCUUUUUUCGAAGCCCUAUCUGCACAUCCGCCCGCCCUACAAGCCCCGACCGACGAUAGCUUCACCAGUCUACGUCGUCAAACGCAGAACGGUCCUCGGGCACACAGUCAUCGCCGAACGGCGUCCAUGGGUGGCUUUAGGUCAACAUCUGGCGCAACCGACUCGGAUUCCCGUGACACCUCAUAUGAGCGGACCCGUGAAGGCACCCACAUCCCCUUAUCUCCGAUCCCGCCGCCGUCAACUCCAGCAAACGGAGUCCUCCCCGAGCUCACACCCAGGACCUCAAUCAACAAUCCACCGUCUCAACUCCCGUCGGCACCAUCCGCGAGUACCUCGUCCACCAGUGAUGAUUCUCGAAACUUGUCGGUCAGCAGCGACCACGGCAUUGACGGCGACCGAUUGGCGCCUCCCCCCUUCACCCGCCGACGACCCCGCGAACGCCCGCACAGCCAACCCGAUUUCGGUCGAUUCGGAUCCGGGUCACCCCGGCGCAACGGUGUCAUCGCGCCCGACAACCUCGACGAAUCGCAAUCUUCCCGAAGCUGGAUCAUCUACGUGUUGGGCGGUAGCUAUCCCGAGAACCAUCCGAUUCUGACCACCUCGAGCCUCUUCACCGACUCCCCUUCGUACGAGGACAUGCUGCUUCUCACAUCGUUGCUCGGCCCCGUCAAGCCUCCUGUUGCCAGCGCCGAAGACGUUGCCGCUGCUCCCGGCAUCUUUCGCAUCCAGGAGCGUCUUGGAACCCUGCACGCGAUCGCGGUGGAAGGUAGCGACAUGAUCCCAAUCAACGCGGGCCAGCGAUGCUUGGUGUGUCUGUGUGAUUUUGCCAUCGACGAGGAGUGCAGGCGACUCGUUGAGUGCAGCCACUUCUUCCACCGGGAGUGCAUCGACCAGUGGCUCACGACCGGUCGGAACUCAUGUCCGCUUUGCCGUGGGCGUGGAGUCGAAGAGACAUCGCAGGCCGAGGAGGCUGGUCCGUCUCUAACCGGCGGCGGCGAUGCGUCUGCCACAGCGUCGGCUUCUGCUGCUUAA